CUGGAACCAUGAAGGCGGUUGCUCUGGCUGCGCUGCUAGCCUGCGGCCUGGUCUGCCUGGCGUCGGCCGACAUCUGCGAUGAUGUUUAUGACGAUCCGGCCAAGGUGGAACGACUGUUUACGUGCGUAGAAGGGCACGCUUCCCCCGAGCUCAAGACCAAGCUGGAACAGUUGAAACGGCGCUACAAUAACUACUACUGCUUCACUAGGGCCGGUUGCGUCAAGUUCCGCUUCGACACGUUUAUGCUCACUUAUUUGGUGGACCCGGACUUGUACAGCGAGUUUAGCCAAUGGCGCAACGUUUGUACGAAGGACAACACACUGCGUGGAAACGCCCUGCCCCUGCUUAACGCCGACCUCGAGUGCGACUCGGACACCGACACCCGCCGCGCUGCGGUGUUGUUCGGGUUGGGAGACAGGGAGCCGCCAACGGACAAACCCUUCAGAUGGGUGCCGGGCGUUUUCGUCUGAGGGAGGAAAUGAAAUGGGGAAGGGAAAAUAAGGGGGAAGAAAAAUCGGGAUUGACGAGGUACAAAAAGUAUAACAGACUGAAACCGUCGAACUAAAGAGGACGAGGUACAUUACGACUCCCUUGGGCUUGUACACUAUAAUAGGCCUCUGUAUUUUCUGUAGAAAAUUCUGGGGUCUUGAACCUCAGCCUAGGAGUGUGUUAGUCGGAGUGUUUGUGUGUGUGUGAAUAAAUCGCUACUUCACCCCACCUAGUGGCCGAAUUAUAGAGCUGUGAAAGGGUG